AUGUACGCCAAGGCUCUUCUCAUCUCCUCUUUCGCGGCCUCCGCCCUCGCCGUUGCCGCCCCCGCCAUCACUGCCGCCCCUGCCCGCCGUGAUGUUGGCGACACCCUCGGCAACCUCGGCGACAACAUCGAUGACUUGAUCGCCGACGCCACCCAGGCUGCCGGUAACGCCGGCGACAACAUUGGCGACAUCGUCAGCAGGAUUGGCUCCGGCGCCAGCGACAUCCUCGGCGACAUUGGCACCGGUCUCGGCAACAUUGGCACGAACCUCGGCGAGUUCGCCACCUGCGCCAGCGCCGGUCUUGCCAUCAUCACCUCUCUCCCCAAGGCCCCCGAGGGCGUCCUCGAGGCCGUCGCCUCGGCCGCCGUCACCGCCAAGCCCACCGACAACUGCUACGGCACCGUCAUCCCCUCUUCUCUCCAGAGCGCCUACUCGUCGUACGAGACCGAGCUUGCCUCAUGGUACGCCAAGAACAGCGACCGCGUCUCCUCCCUCAUCUCGGUCUGCCCCACCAUCGCUGCCGAGUACUCUGGCGCCAUUGAUGAUGCCGUCCCCUGCGCUACCGCCGUUGCUGCCGUCGGUGGCUCCGAAUCCGGCUCUGGCUCUGGCUCUGGCUCCGGUUCCGGUUCCGGUAACGGCGACGCUGGCGGUGCUGCUUCCUCCAUCCGCGUCACUGGUGCCGUUGCCGCCAUCGCCGCCGGUGCCAUCGGCGCUGUUGCCUUCCUUCUUUAA